UGGUUAAGUAUGUUGAUAUAAUACGAUCGUGCCAGUUGAUAAACAAGUUACACACUGCCACAUCUUCGAUAUGGAUGUCGCGCCCAUUGGAAAAGCCAUUCCACAGCAUAAGAAGAAACCCCGGCGACGUGGACCUCGUCUUACAGGGGUUAGCAAGCAGCGCAGGGUGGCGAAUGCCCGUGAAAGACGUCGGGUGGAAAUUUUGAACAUGAAUAUCCAGAUCUUACGGCAUAUGAUUCCUCUUCCGCCGCAGGAGAAGGAACCUUCCAAGACCGAAGUGAUAUGGCUGGCUGUUGAUUAUAUCACAGAGCUCACCAAAAUGUUGGAUUCCGCUGAUCAAUGGCAAGCUGAGCUGGAAAUGUUCGAUAUUGACUCUUUGGACAGCUUAGAUGACAGCCCUCUGUUUAAUUUGGAAGAUUGUGCCGCAUUGUCUUUUUGAAGUCGUACGACGUUCCAUGAUAAGGAUGCGUCCAAAUUUGAUCGUUGGUGGGACUGAUAUUUCAUUUCAUUGCAAGAGUGUUGGCGAAGAUUUAUGACACAAAAUUGUUUUUUCCUCACAAUGAGGAAUCACUGAAUGUAAAUGGAUGUAAUGCCACUUAAUUACUGCGGUCAAGUUAUUGUAAAUUUAUGCAUGGCAUGAAUUUCGAGGGCACAUAUGCAAUACUUUAUUUACUUACUUAAUUGAUUUUUCCGUUAGAAUUACAGAGUUUGAAUCGUAAUUUGGUACCAAUCUGUUUAAAAUAUUGAAAUAUUUCUGCUUGAUAUUCAAGCACAAAAUCAUUGAUAUUUGGGUGUUACUCAGUAAGAUGUCUGCGCAGGCGCAUACUUGUUAAAUAAAAACAUAGAUUUCGCAGUUAACUUGGUUGCAUUGUUUAUAUUGAAAGAUUCUGCCUACAAAAUUGCUUUCAAAACACUUUUUCACAUUUUUCUGAAAGGAAAGCCAAAAUAAACCACAUUCAAUAGGUGAAAGUGGCUGAUUAAAGUUAGAAAACUUAUGCAAUGUUUUUCUGCUGAGGAACGCAAGGUUAUCGGAUAUAAUCAAAUAGUCAUUGAACGCUACCCCAGAAAACACACCCCUAGCGAGUGAAAUAUCGCUCAAAAUAAUUCCUUAUCAAAAUAUUGUUUAUGAGGGCAGUGAAAUACCUAUUCUCAUUGAAAAUCAUCAAUCCGUUGUGUUUGGUUUUUGGUAAUUGCAAGCUUCUCUGUUUGAGGCCAAAAACUCAUUAAAUAUCGACUGAUUACAUCUCUGUUCGUCUUGUUCUUGUUACAGGCCGAUUAUAAUAAGUUUUAUGAUUGUUAUAAGUGAGGCCUCCUAAGGACAAAGUUAAGAUCAAUGAAUUGUUUCUUAGAUGAGCUGACAGUUUGUCUCAAACACUCAAAAUCAAAUUAACUUCAAACAAUUCAACUUCUUGUGAUCUGGUAGAUAAGUUAAUGUUUACGUUGACAUGCUUUUGUUUACUGUCAGGUAAAAUUGAUUUAGAUUAUAAACAAUACUAAACUGAUUCCCUGUGGAGUGUUAUAACUUAUUUUCAUAAAACGGCUUGUGUAUCACAACAGCCGCCGAACACUCCUUUGCAACCUUCGAUCUUUUAAAUUGGCAUAACAUUGCAUCGCAGAUAUCAGUUGAAACUCAGUGGAAAAAACAGUUAAUGUAACAUGUAUGAGUGUGCAGGAAAGAAAAGUUUUGAUCGGAAACGUUGGGAAAGGAAUAACAGAGAACCUCUGCCGUGAAAAAAUAAUAUUUGAGGGGUUACUUAAGCUGUAAAACUAUUUGAAUUAUUUAAAGAGGCUCAGAGAGGGAACUGUUUAGAUAACUGUUUGUUUGCAUACACAACUAAUAAAAACGAGGUUUUCGAA